AUGGACGUCGACUCGAAAAUUCGGGCCUUCCGGCUCAUCGGAUGGAUAUCGGUCGCCGUGUCGACGCUGGCGAUUAUGAGCUUGUGCGUGGCUCUGCCGAUGGUCUACCACUACGUGCAGCACCAGCGCUACACGAUGCGCGAGAACUUGGACAAGUGCAAGAUCGUCGCCUCCGACGUGCUCGAGAAGACACCACAAUUCGUGCUUCCGGCUAGGAACAGGACUGCUCGUCAGGCUAAUCGCUUCCAGGACCAAUGCGAGGCUUGCUGUGUGAACGGCCCUCCUGGUCCCCGCGGACCCCCCGGACGUACCGGCAGACCCGGAAACCCAGGAGCUCACGGACAGCCCGGAAACCCGGGUCGUCCCCCGAAGAAGCCCUGCAAGUUCGAGAUCCCGCCGUGCGAUUGUCGCGACAAUGAGGGGCCCCCUGGACCCCCCGGACCUGGUGGACCUGUUGGAAGCCGUGGACCUCCUGGACCUCCUGGAGAGAAAGGACCUGAUGGCAACGCCGGCGAGAACGGCCGCAAGGGUGGCCCUGGCAGGCCUGGUGGCCGUGGACAGCCUGGAGAGCAAGGACCUCCCGGAGAGAAUGCUCAGAGCACCCCACCCAGCCCUGGUCCCCCUGGACCUCCCGGAAACGACGGACAGCCCGGACAGCCCGGAUCCCCCGGACCCAACGGACAGCCUGGAGAGGCCGGCAAGCGUGGCCCGCCCGGCUCGCCAGGAAACAGCGGAUCGCCCGGAAACGACGGAGAGCCAGGUCAACCGGGCCGAUCCGGAAACGCCGGACGACAGGGAGAGAAGGGUGUCUGCCCCAAGUACUGCGCCAUCGAUGGUGGAGUCUUCUUCGAGGACGGAACCCGACGA